AUGGUAGAACUGCUGUAGGUUCAGUAGGCAGAUGCUCUUUACGAUGCUGGUAUUUAUACUAGGUUCUUCUUCAAUGCUCCAAGAUAAUUCAGAUACAUUCUAAGCCUAAACGAGACUGAAAAUUUUGGAGCUCUAUAGACAAGACUUUUUGUGAAAUAUUGUGCUGAGCAAGAAAUGAAGAAGGCAACAGGCGAAAAAUCAGCUAAGAGAUACAUAUACCCAAUGGAAGAAUUUCUAUACUUAUUUGAAAUACAGGAAUAGGAAAAAUGA